AUGAAUGUUUAUUGUUAAUUGGCUGGGUAUCAUUAAGAUGAACCCUUGGAAUUAAUAUGUCUCAACCCUGAAUGCAUUUCCAACAAUAAAGUUCUUAAUUGUAUUGCCUGCAUAGAGGAAAGUCAUUCUGGUCAUUCUGUCAUUCAUUAUAAGAAAUUUAUAACUCUUUUGUAAAAAUAAGGAGCCCAUCUAUUGAAUGAAAUUGAUUUUAAAUUGCAGGACUCUACCAAUAGUCAAAAUGAUAUGUUAAGUAAAAUAAGAGAAAUAAUUAAACAACUAACUGAAUUAUAAGAUAUUGUGAAUGAUGCCAUUAAUAAAUAGAAGGAUAUGCUGGAGAGAAAAUUGUAAUACUAUGAAUAAUUUGCAAGUCUGUUACCAACACAAGAGAUAUUUAAUUAAGCAAUUAAGUAACAUGAUUAGAGUCUGAUAUAAAAGUUGAUGACCUAAUUCUUUUUGAAGGUUGACUACAACUCAAAGAGAUAAGAAUUUGUUGCAAGAAACAACUACCUCAUUGAUCAAUCAGAGGAAACAGAGGGAGAGAACAUCCUGUUUAGAAAACUCAGAGAAUUCAUUAAUUCAUUUAGAUAAGACAUAGACAAUAAUUAUUUGUUAUAAAACUCUUAGUUGAGUACCAGUUUCAAACAAAAGAAGCUCUCCUAAACAAAUAAUGAAUUCAAACGCUCUCAUCAGAGAAUUGCAAGUUAUAAGAGAGUAGUAUCAGCUGAGAAAUCUCCAGGCUCUCCAGAUGAUAGGAUAUCUAUCACCUAAUCCCUCAGCUAAUUUUAUUACAAACCAAAUGCAGUUUAGAAAAGAGUAGGAGAAUAAGUUUAAUUAAUUGAAACAUAGAAUGCAUUUACUUCAACGUAUUCAUUUCAUCCUGAAUGCUUUGGCUAAGGAUUACAAAUGACAUCCAAACAAAUUAAACUAACUACUGAUAAUGAAAAAAGAAUGGCACUCAUUAAACCUUCAAUUUAUGGAAGUGGAUUGGCAAGAGAAUAACGAAUCACACUAGUAAUCAAGGUUUGCAGAAAUUCCAAUUAAAGAUAUCCUAUGGCAGUUGGAAUAUGUGAUUAAUAAAAGUUACAGGAAGAUAAUUUUAUAUUUUCUGGUUCUGCUGAACAUGUUUCAGCCUCGCAUAACAAAGAUCAUGGAUGCUACCUUUUGAAUGCUAAUGGACAUAUAAGAUCGAUGACUGGAUAGGAUAUGUCAAAGAGUUCUCCAAACUUAAGAUUUUAUAGUAACUCUACACUUGAACUAACUUUCAAGCCAUUCCAUAAACAACUAAUAAUAAACAGAGAUUAACAGGUCUAAACCACAAUACCAUUGGAAUUCUAUAAGGAUCAAAAACUGUUCUUUUGUGUAAGAUUGGCUGAUUUGAAUGACUGCAUAGAAAUUUAAUGAUAUUAUAGUAUGCAAUAUUAUAAAAAAAGUUUUGUUUAAA